UACAAAAAUGCUUUCUACAUAAUCUUCUCUUUUUGAUUAGAUUGAAGAAGUAUGCACAAAAAUUUUAGAGGAAAAUGUCUUGGUUACUUUGAAAGAAAAAUAAGAGAUUAAUAGGUUAGUAUUAUGAUUUUAUUAUAGUAAAAUUGAUGUGCAUGUUUAAACUCAUAACAAUGAUUAACAAUAAAAAGAGGCCAAAAAAUUUAUAAAGGUUGCUAUAAAAUGCAUCAAGAAACAUAUUGCAAAAAAUGUAAAAUAAGAAAUUAUGUAUGUUAGAUUCUCCCUAAAUUUUAAGAUAAAUAUAAGGAUGCUUUAUAACAUAUUGAAACAUUUUUAUAGAUACAUGAAACCUUUGUGAAGUCUAUGAAAUCAUACAAAACAAUUUUGUAUUAGGCUGUAAUUAUGUAUAAAUUAUUAUGUAGGCACAAAACUUGUAAUAAGAGAGUAUUCCAGAGUUUUAUUCAAGUUUAUUUGAUAAUAUAUUUGUCGAAGAGUUAUAACUUGUGUUUAAAAAUGUUUUAUUUAAAUGUGUAGUUGAUAUGAUUAAGACUGUAAUUUUGAGUGAGAUAUAAUUUUUUAGGCUUGUGAAGAAGAAUAAAAAUAAUAAAAAAUAAGUGAUUUACUAUAUCAUUUUGGAAAUGUCAUGUCUUAAUUAUAAAAAUCAACUGACGAACCCUUGGAAUUUAAAAUAGAGUAAGAAUUCAAAUAAAAAAUUUUUGAUUAUUUUGAAGAGAAAUAUUAAUAAAAUUAUAAAUCUUGGCAUUAAAGCUUAAAUACUUAAGUUUAUUUAAAGAAGGUUUAAUAAUAGAAGGAGAUAAAUGAGAAGGUAUUAAAAUUUGGAGAUAAGACAAUUUUGGAAUAAGUGAAUAGAAUACUUAAUUCACAUCUAUUAACAUAUUAUAAACCAUAUUUAUUAGCAGAUUCAAAUCCAAAUAAUUUUGAACAUCUUUUAAAUGAAUAUCAUAAAGAAGUUAUAAGUUAACAAUCAAAUUUAAAAUUGAUAGGAGAUUUAUAUGGCAGUUUAGAUGAUCAUUAUGAUUAGAUAACAACAAAUUUUAAGAAUAUUAUAACAUAAGAAGGAUAAUUAAUAAUGUAAAAAAAGAAUCAUUAAAUUGUUGAAACAAAUUAAGAUUAAAAUUUUUCAGAUCCAGGUUUUAUAGGAUAAUUUUAUAGUUUAUAUUAGAAAUAUUAUUCAUUGAUAGAAAAUUGUUUUUCUUAAAAAUCUGAUUUUAUAAUGGCUUUAAAUAAUGCAUUUGAAUCAUUUAUAAAUUUACCUAUUGGAGUAUAUAUUUAUUUAAAAAUUUUAAGAAUCAUGAAUUUGCUGAUUAUCUUGUGACAUAUAUAGGUGAAUAGAUAGAAAUGUUAAGAAAUUCUCCAAAGAAUAAUACAAAAUCACCUGAAUAAAUAGUAAAAUUGUUUGUAUUUAUAAAUUAAAAAGGUAGAUUUUUAAAAGUAUUUAAAAAUAAAAUUAUAUUUUUUAGUUAUAUAAAAUAUCUUUAGCUUAAAGAUUAAUAAAAUAUUAGAGAUAAGUUGAAGCAAAAAAAAAUAAAUUAGCAUAUUAGAUUGAAGUGAAUAUUGUUGAAGAGAUGGAAAAAAAAUGUGGUGCUUAAGAUUUAGAAUCACUUAAAAUUAUGAUUAAAGAUUUUUAAAAGACAGAAAAUGAAGUAACUAAAAUAUAAGAAGAAAAAGGAUUAUGUAAAUUAUAAAUAUAACCACCAAUAAUUAUUAAUAAAUAACAUUGGCCAGAAAUAGAUGAAUUAUAAUUAAAUUUACAAUCUGAAAUAAUUACUUAAUAAAAAGAAAUUAUAGCAAAAAGAUAACAAUAAAAGACAUUGAUUUGGUUAGAUUUAAUUUCUUAUGUUGAAAUAUAAUGUACUGAAAAAGCAUUAAAAUUUAAUUUAAGUGUUCCAUAAGCAGUUAUUUUAUUACUCUAUUAAUAUAGAAAUGAUAUUUUAGAUGUUAAUCGUAUAGCAUCAUUAACUGGAUUAAAAGAAUAAUAUGUUAUUUAAAAUUGUAAAAUGAUGAAGGAUGCUAAAAUAUUAGAUGAAUAAAUUGUAAAUGAUUAAAUUUGUUAUUAAUUUAAUGAAAAUUUAACCAAAUAAAAAAAAGGAAAAUGUAAAAAUAUUGUAACUGAAACAUAUUUUCCUUAAAAUUAAGUUGAAUAAGGUAAUUUAUUAAUUUAAAUAUUUAGUUGUAUCUGUUUAUGAUAAAGAUUUAGCUAUUGAAGCAGCUAUUGUGAAAAUUAUGAAAAAAUAAAAAGAGAUGUAAUUCAGUGAUUUGGUAAUAUAAGUAUAAGGACAUAUGAAGAAAAAUUAAAAUGUUGAAAUACCAUUUGCUUAAAUUAAAUAAAUGAUAGAAAGAUUACAAAGAAAUGAAUAUUUAGAAAGAGAUGCUGUUAAUAUGUAAUUGAUAAAAUAUAAAUGA